UAGAUGAAAUUUAUCUUUUUUUUUAGACUUCUUUUUGAUUUGUACUUCGUAAGAAUUAGUCGAUAUUUACGAUUAAAUCCUCCCGUUCCUCAAGAUUCUAUAGGAAUAUUUUUAUAUUCCCUUUCUACAGCUUAUUCCAAGCUCCAAAAUACAAGUCAUUUUUUUUUGAACACAAGAGAAGAUCAAUUUCCAUUUCUAUAAAAUGGGAUAUGAUAUAUAAAAAAAAUACAUCAAAUCAUGGCUUCACGUAUCAAAUAUUUUCUUUUUCUAUCGGUGCUUCCGGUAUAUUUCCGGCAAUUAAUGACUGGGAGAAAGAGACUUUUCACUUACAGUCUCUUCUCUUAUUAUUUCUAUUAUUUUAUUUAAUAUUAAUUAAAAUAUUUUAAUUCAAUUAAUAUUAAUUACUCGGAUAGAUAGAUAGAUAGAUAAAAAUAUCGAAAAAGUAAAUAGAAAAAAUAUUAGAAAUUUCUCUUUCUCUUACCGUGAUCUACAAAAAAGUAGACUUUGGAGUUUUUUUUAACUGAAAGAAAGGAAAAUAGAACAAAAACGACACUAAAAGAAAAAAUCUUGAAAUAAGAUUCAAAUAGAAAAGUAAUAAAAAAUAGAAAGUACUAAAUAAGCCAGUUUCCUAGACAUAAAAAUUAGAAGAAUUUUGAAAACAUUUUUUUUUUAUUUUUUCAAUUUCACAAAAAUAUUCUUUGAAUAUUAUUCUUUGAUCAAAGGAACGGAGUGUGCCCGGGCUCCGCUGGUAGCGCGAACGAGAAAAGGUAUCAUUUUUCUCUUGAAAAAUUGUUAAAAAAAAAUUUCUAUCAGAUUUAUGAGUAAAUUUAUGAGUCAUAAGACAAUUAACCAUUCAUGACUUAGGGGAUUUGAUUUAGAAGAAUAAAAAAAGGAAUAGCCGGAUUGAGUUCAUGGAUUCAACUUAACCUAGGUAUCCAUAGAGCAAUAAAUGAUUUUUAUAUCCGAAACGCAUUAGAAAAGAAGGGAAAUCUACGAGAAAAAAAAUCAUUAUAUAAAUGAGAAAAGCCUCCAAGGUCCCAUCCCCAAAAUGCUAGGAGGUGUUCGGAAAUGGUUGAAGUAGUUGAAUAGGAGGAUCACUAUGACUAUAGCUCUUGGUAAAUUUACCAAAGAUGAAAAUGAUUUAUUUGAUAUUAUGGAUGACUGGUUACGGAGGGACCGUUUCGUUUUUGUGGGUUGGUCCGGUCUGUUGCUCUUUCCUUGCGCCUAUUUCGCUUUGGGGGGUUGGUUCACAGGUACAACCUUUGUAACUUCAUGGUAUACUCAUGGAUUGGCAAGUUCCUAUUUUGAAGGCUGUAACUUCUUAACCGCUGCAGUCUCUACUCCUGCUAAUAGUUUAGCACACUCUUUGUUGUUACUAUGGGGUCCUGAAGCACAAGGAGAUUUUACCCGUUGGUGUCAAUUAGGUGGUCUGUGGACUUUUGUUGCUCUCCACGGCGCUUUCGCAUUAAUAGGUUUCAUGUUACGUCAAUUUGAACUUGCUCGAUCUGUUCAAUUGCGCCCUUAUAAUGCAAUCGCAUUCUCUGGUCCAAUUGCUGUUUUUGUUUCCGUAUUCCUGAUUUAUCCACUGGGCCAGUCUGGUUGGUUCUUUGUACCCAGUUUUGGUGUAGCAGCUAUAUUUCGAUUCAUCCUAUUUUUCCAAGGGUUUCAUAAUUGGACAUUAAACCCAUUUCAUAUGAUGGGAGUUGCUGGUGUAUUGGGCGCUGCACUACUAUGCGCUAUUCAUGGUGCUACCGUGGAAAAUACUUUAUUUGAAGAUGGUGAUGGCGCAAAUACAUUCCGUGCUUUUAACCCAACCCAAGCUGAAGAAACUUAUUCAAUGGUCACCGCUAACCGCUUUUGGUCCCAAAUCUUUGGGGUUGCUUUUUCCAAUAAACGUUGGUUACAUUUCUUUAUGUUAUUUGUACCUGUAACUGGUUUAUGGAUGAGUGCUCUUGGAGUAGUCGGCCUGGCCUUGAACCUACGUGCCUUUGACUUCGUUUCUCAAGAAAUACGUGCAGCAGAAGAUCCUGAAUUUGAGACUUUCUACACCAAAAAUAUUCUUUUAAACGAAGGUAUUCGCGCGUGGAUGGCGGCUCAAGAUCAGCCUCAUGAAAACCUUAUAUUCCCUGAGGAGGUUCUACCACGUGGAAACGCUCUUUAAUGGAACUUUAGCUUUAACAGGUCGUGACCAAGAAACUACCGGUUUCGCUUGGUGGGCCGGAAAUGCCCGACUUAUCAAUUUAUCCGGUAAACUACUGGGAGCUCAUGUAGCCCAUGCCGGAUUAAUAGUAUUCUGGGCCGGAGCAAUGAA